AUGUCUGACAGACUCAGUCCUCUCCCGUUGGAGAUAAUCCUUCAGAUUCUUUCGUACCUGCCUUUUGAGUCAGUGCUUGCUUUUGGGGAGACGUGUCGCACCAAUCACCGAUCGCACAUUCUCUGCCUCCGAUGUCUACGGUUGGGGGUCUUCGAGAAGCGAACCCAUUCCAUAAUAUCUUGUCUCCAGGCGGGCUGGAUUAAGGCAGAUCAAGUGGGCGAAAAACUGGGUGAAGCCUUUCCUAUCGAAAGGGAGAUCGGGUCAGAUUACACUAUCUCCAUUAUCCGGCCGAAGGUCAAGCCGGGAAAACAGGCGCCGCCUUCCAAACAUCUAAGUAAAACCAAGGAUGCGAAACUCCGAUGCUCGACGGAUCCGUCAGUGAUGCAGGAACACAUAGUUCGAACCCAGAACAGGAUCUUUUCUAGAGUAGUGAGCCGCUACGGGCCAUCACUCGUAAAGCUCGAGUUUAUGGCGUACGAUAUCGACAUCGAGAGUGCAAUGGCACUAGGUACUAGAUGCCAGUAUGGGUUGCGUCACCUUGCACUUCGCUUUGAACAUCAACACAUCAGAGAUGGUCAUAUCAAGCCAAGCACCUGGCGAUAUCCCGCUCCAUGCAGCGCUGCAUGGAACCCUCUCAUUGGAAUAGGAAAGUACAAGCAUGUUGGAAUUUCUGGGUUGCAGACCUUGAUACUGGAGCGCUCCGGUAUCACGCCGUGGCAGUUGACAAUGCUUGUGAAGAAGAACCCUAAUCUUACGGUGUUGAAGUUAAAAACCUGCCACGGUGCACAGCCUGAUUUCUUGAAUUGGCUGGGAGGUAUGGAACAAGAUCCGGAUGACCCGGCAGAAACGGAUAACGGAUAUGCACCGGGGGAUAGACUUGAGGUUCUCUGGUUAGAGAACUGCCACGAGAUCCUCACUCAUCCUGUUGAUGACCAUGAAGAUUUUGCAGAUGAAGUUUGUGAUAGUGGCCUUGAAUGGGUGAGAGGCUUGAGGAAUCUGAAAUCCCUCUCUUUCAGCAAGUGCAUGAAUAUACCGUCUGAGUAUGUUGAAAGGGCGAACAAGUUGAUCUGGAAAAUCCCAGAUAUUACGUUGCCUUUCUAUAACUAUGAAGAGGACACCCCAAUCGAGGUUGACCCUACCUUUUUAUAG